UCCUCCCUCUGCAGACUCGGGAGCUGCUGUGCCUCCCUGCAGCCCUGACAGCAAGCAUUGGCGCAUUUUUGUCCCACCACUAACCUUUGCCAUAUUUUUUUAGCUUCUUUUUAACCCAUCUUUCCCUCCCAUACUACACAUAUCAUCCUCCGGGGGACAAGCGUCGUAGCGGCCUCGUCUAGAAUGGGGAACCGAGACGAUGAAUACGAUUUCUUGUUCAAAGUUGUGUUAAUUGGGGACUCAGGUGUCGGUAAGAGUAACCUGCUCUCUCGAUUCACACGAAAUGAGUUCAACCUGGAGAGCAAAAGCACCAUCGGUGUGGAGUUUGCAACACGCAGCAUUCAGGUGGAUGGCAAGACGAUAAAAGCUCAGAUAUGGGACACGGCGGGACAAGAGCGCUACAGAGCCAUCACCUCAGCAUACUACAGAGGGGCCGUGGGGGCGCUCCUAGUGUACGACAUAGCCAAGCACCUGACUUACGAAAAUGUGGAGCGCUGGCUGAAGGAGCUGAGGGACCACGCCGACAACAACAUCGUCAUCAUGCUGGUGGGCAACAAAAGCGACUUACGCCACCUCAGGGCCGUGCCAACGGAUGAGGCCCGUGCCUUUGCAGAGAAAAACAACUUGUCAUUCAUAGAAACUUCAGCCUUGGACUCAACAAAUGUUGAAGAGGCCUUCAAGAAUAUCCUUACAGAAAUCUACCGGAUCGUAUCGCAGAAGCAAAUCGCCGAGCGGUCGGCCCAUGACGAGUCGCCAGGGAAUAACGUGGUCGACAUCAGCGUGCCCCCGACCACGGACGGUCAGAGGGGGAGCAAGAUUCAGUGCUGUCAGAAUCUGUAACCCUGGAAAAUAUAUACUGCUCACUUUAAGGGUGGAUUAUAAAUUGGGAUCCAGUGCUGGCAUGCUACCGCCUGCCUGGGCUGCGAUGUAAUCUGAAAUUGCUAUUUUUUAGAUCCAGGGAACCGGUUCAUGGUCCCACAGAAGGAAUUGAUUUUAAGGUGUAAUUUGACCCAGUUUCAGCCUGCUACAGUACAUUCUAAUGCAAAAAAAUGGACUGCUGGUACCACACAAGCUGUGACUUAACCAUGAUUGUACAGUAGUCAGGGAAGGUAGAUGUUCGAUUGGUAGCAGCACUCCAUUUUUGCAUUCCUCUUCUCUUGGUCCAGUCAUCUCAAAAAGUGAUAGUGAUGCUGCUGAUGCUUACUUACUUCCUGUAAAAUAUAUUGUUUUUAUGUUUAUCAUUUUGAUAGCGUGUUUGCUCACAUACAUUAUAUUAAUGCCAUGAAAAUAAAUUUUACAAUAUUACGUGGUU